AUGAUACAUCAACAAAAUGACAGCAAAUACAAUAAAUAUCACAUUCAACCCUCUAUUCUUUCUUUUUCCUUCUUUUCUAGAGUGUUUAUAUGAACAAUUUACAAUCGAGUACGAUACCUGAACAGCAAGAGUCUCUACUUUCACUUCUCCAAGCCAACGGAAUGAUGAAUACCAACAAUACGAAUCUAGCAACCACUGAAUCAAUACAUGAUGUCGAAUUCCUCGCGUACUUGGCUAAUUUUUCAGAACUCUCAUCGGACAACUCUAUCUCAUCAACCGAAGAAGAGAAGCGAAAGAGAAAUCGCUCGACAAGGGUCGGUCAUUGCGAGCAUCCAAAACACGUGUUUUACCGCGAAGAACCGUUUGCCUUUGAACAAGGUCACCAUUUGAUCAAGACAAUCCCCCGACGUGGACGACCACCCAAGGGGUCCAAGCCGGGAGACACAAAGCAAAAGAAUGGGUAUCGCAUGGUCGCUCUUACCGUGCGAUCGUUACCCAAGCGACUGGAAGCGGUCGUGGGUCAAUCCAACAUCAAGGUUUGCCUGACGUGCUUAAAGAAAUCGGACAUGGAUCCAGAGUAUCUUGCAAGUGAAAGCUACAUCGCUCCCCAACAACUGCUUAGACGUCAAAAAAGGAAAUAAAUAAGGUUUUUUUAUUCUCUGUUGGCCGUUUCACUCGAUGCAGGCAGCAUGAUGCCCUGAAAGUUGACCACAGGAGGCACCAGUCGUUCCUGACUAGGAUUUCUUCCUUCU